AUGGCGACGACCAACUUCGAUGAGCAUGACAUGGGGCUGAAGAUCGGACAUGCCGUGUACCGACAAACCUCUCCGUCUGUCACGCGACUCGAGGUCAGUACACAGUCGCACGAAGCUUCGUCCGUCACUAAUCGUCACUAUGGCCGGAAGGACUGUUGUCAUGUUGACGCUUCAGCCGCGCGAUUCGUGUUAUUGCCUCAUUCUGUUCGUUCUGUGCGAUGA